AGCAUGUCUCCUCUCCGGUUUCUUCCAUGCCUGCUCGUUCUCGCAACUUUCUUCCGUUCCUCUCAGGCCGAUGUUGGCACGGCUGCCCACUACAGACCGCCUUAUCUGCCUACGGCAUGCUUUGGUAGCGAUGCCUCCCAGUUUCCUUCAAGCAACCUGUUCGGGUCAGCCGGAGAAGGAAUAUGGGAUAACGGAGCAGCCUGUGGUAUGCAGUAUCUUGUGAGGUGCAUAAGCGCCGCUGUCCCGAAAACUUGCAUUCCAGGGAAGACGAUUCAGAUCGAGAUUGUGAAUCGUGCACUUUCUUCUGUGUCAAGGCCUUCCAGAGAUGAUGCUACCAUGGUGCUUUCCACAACCGCAUUUGCUGCCAUCGCCAACUCUUCUGCUUCAUUUGUUAACGUUGAAUUUCAGCAGGUUUGAAUCAAAAGGCAACGUGCAAAUUGUUGAUAAUCAAUACCUACACGCCUGAUGAUUACUAUGUACGUCAAUGACGUUCCAAAGCUUCUAAGCAACCAAGUCAUCUACUACGUACUGUAAGUCGGGCAACACAUAACUACCAGAUGUGAAUUGAAUUCUCUUAUUUGUUGUUG